GGACACACGUGGAGAGCAGCUUGUGGAACUGCCUUACGACAGCUUGCUCACCUUGAUGAGGUUGAUCUGAUGCUCGGCACAGAGAGCCUCCACCAGCUUGACGUACAUGGGCUCGUCACAGUUUGCAGCGAGGACGCAAAGAUGAGCCUGGCGCCUGCAAGACAGACAAACCAUUAUCAGCCUUCAAACCUCCUCAAUCAGGUAAAGCAACAUCAGGGUGAGAUUUUGGGGUUUUUGGAUUCCAAAAAGAUCAAAUACUUUACCGUAGACAUCUCCACAAGCAAUGACGCAAAGGAGCAGAUGAGGAAGAAAGUAGGAAACCCCUCAGCAAUGCCUCCUCAGGUGUUUAAUGGAGACAAGUACUGUGGGGACUAUCAGAAGUUUUUUGAUGCAGUGGAGGAGGGGAAACCAGAAGCUUUCUUCAAACUCUGAGCUGCUAUUUGCACACUACACUACUGUACACUGAACCCUUCUGUUUGUAAAAGAGAGAAUAUUUUAUGUUUGGAAAAUGCAUAUUUUGCACCAUUAAAUAAAUAAAAGGUUUUCUAUCAUA